GAACCUAUUGCGACAAUCUGGCAUCUGGAUAGAAUGAUAUACAGCGCGUGUCGAACCGCGACUAGUGACAACUGUCUGAGAAUUGCGAGCAACAAAAUCGAACACUAAUGGUGGUGCCGAAGAUAGCUCCUGCACCCAUACAACCCGCCAAGAUGGCUCCCCCUGGUCCUCCCAGGGACCGUAGGAGGAAAACUCACGGCUUGUACUUCCAUUCAUCACCACCAAAAGUAUUACAAAUGAACAAUCAGAACCUACAACGAGACAAUGAUAGCAGAAAUAAAGAUGGUCUGAACAUAAAACCAUCCAACAUCAGGAUAUGGCUGCAUCAAAAGCAGCUAGCCAAGCUGGCCAAGGUGAUCUGGGCUGGACAGGGAAUGCGACUUCGAACGGAAACAUCACAUCAUCCAAAGAUGAAGCGAUUCCUGGAAUGUGUGCCACAUGUUAUGGGAGUCAUCAAGGACAUCCACCAAGCCGUCGUGGACAACGACCUUGAUACGUUGAAGGAGAAGACGGCCUCGCCGACGCCACGGAUCGUUUUGACCAGCAAGGAUGCUAACGGGUUGACACCGCUGCACAAAGCGGCUGGAUUGGCUCACACCCAGAUCGUCGAGUACAUUCUUUCGAUUUGGCCAAGCCUAGCAUCGAACGAGGAUCACACGGGAAAGACUCCACUGCACUGGGCGGCCAGUGCCAAGAACAAUGCGAGGAGUUUCAAUCUUCUUGUGCAAGCCGGUGCCGACGAGACUGCGCUGGAUCACAAGGAUAAGGCUGCCGAGUACUACAAGAACAGACCGAACGAGAUCGACCGUUCGCUGUUGACGGUGAUCCCGGAGGCACCGCGAAUAUCGCAGCAGGGUUUUCCGGCAUUCUUCGACUGGACCAUGUUCACACUCGACGAGGAUACCGACGAUAGCAACGGUUCGCAAACGAGAAUGAAACCCUUUUUAUCGCAAAAUAACUUACUAGAUAACGAUGUAAAUAAUUACAAUAGUGUUUCCAAGUCUAAAUCUGUGCACAAUCUCACUAACGGGACGCUAACUGUUCUCCCGAACGACGAGAGCGAAAGCGAGACCAAGAACAAGGAAGAAUCAACGGUGGGGGAAGAGGAACCGGAAUCAAAUCAGCCGGAAUCGACAGGUGCCGAUGCCGGUGAGUCAGAAAUCAACGGCAGAAAUGGCGGUUCUGACCCGGAUGGCAACGGCAACGAGGAGAUGGGCGAUCUGCUAGAUAUGGAGGAAAGUAGAACCCCCGAAGACACGAAUCAGGCUGAAUCAGAAGCGGCAGCGGAAGACAUUGAGUCUGCUGUAGCUCAAGCGGAUGCCGAUGAGAUAUCAAAGAAAACGGAAAUCGAUACAGGGAAAGAGGAUGUGAGUGGUGAAGACAGUGAGCAGCAAACGCAGACUGAAGAUCAAAAGAAUAAUGAGGAAAACAAGGAACCGAUUGAGGCUGAAAUGGAUGUUUAUCAAACGGAAAACAUUGAUGAGGUAAAUAAGGAUGUGGAAGCGGAAAACGAUGAUGGAAUGAACGAAGAAAAAGAUGAUUUAAAUAAGGAAAAUGGGCCUGGUAGUGCUAAAAGCGUGGCAGAGGAGAAACCGAAGGAGGUUUCUUCGAAUGAAAAUAACAUUGAAAAUGCAGUGGCAAUUGAAAAGCAAGAUGAAAGCAAACAGGUUCAGGGAAAUGGUGAACUUACCAAUGAUAGUUUGGAGAGUAAUCCUUCGAAAGCGAAUGAUGACUCUGAAGAGAUUGAACAAGAUAGCUUGAACAAACCUGAUGAAGAUGGUGGUAAUAUUGUAAAUGGUUUACCCGAAGCAGAUACUGAUAACCCAGUUGAUGACGUUGGCAAUGAUAGAUUGUCAGCAAAGUCUCGACAAUCGUCAGCAAAGUCUCGACAAUCAUCAGCAAAGUCUCAUAUUUCAAAUGACAACAAUUCUCGUAUAUCUACUACAACUCGUGAGACGUCUGCUAAGUCAGUCACUACUGAUGAAAAUGGAAACGCCCAAGACGUACUCUCAGCAAAAAGCAGACAAUCUUCGGCAAAAUCCGAAAGGAUUAUUGAAGCUACAGCGAAUGAAAUCUUUUCAUCAAGACCAGUUAGUGGUGUAAAUGGUGAUGAAAAUGAAGCAUCUAAACUUUCCGCAAAAUCAACCAAGUCUCGUAGGGGAUCGGUAAAACCAAUUUCCGCAACUAGUAGUAUGACCAAAUCAGCUGGAUCUAAGCACGAUGGGAAUAACAACAAUGAAUUGCAAGAACAAUCUAUUGAAAAUGGCGAUGAACCUGCCACCAUAGGUUCUAGUCCUUCAACGACAACUAGCCGCAAUGAACAAUCAAGCUCGUCUCGUGGUCAAUCGGGUUCUACUGUCCGCAACGUUUCAGCCGCUUCGGUUGUAGAGCGUCGUAGUUCGGCCAAAUCUGCCACCUCACAGAAGAGCCGCACAGCCACCGAAGAUGAAGAGGACGGCGACAAGAGUGACUCGAACGAUGAUUCAAAUCAGGCCGAUGUAGAAAUCGUUCAUUACAAGAAAAGUGAUGAGGCUGGACACGAUGGCAACGGUCAAUCCGGUGAACCAACCACCGCGGAAGUGAACGGCAAAAGUGAUGAAAAUGAGGCUCAAAAUGACACCAACGACGAGGAACCGAUCAUCGAACCUGCAGCUGAAACUAAAUCCAUUGCGCAAGCAGGGGCUUUCACAGAGCCGCCAAACGACCCAGGAGAAAAUGAAUCGAAUGCAGAAAAUACCACCGAAGCUUCCACCAACAGUGAUGAUGAUGAUGAUGAUGAUGAUGAACAGCAUGAAACUGUUGAAUCUCCCAGUCCUGCAUUGGAGAUCAAGGGAACCGUCGAGGGUGAACCGGAUGGAGGCCAACUGCACAGUGCACGACCAUCCGAGAUCAUAGACACGUUGAAUGGGCAGUCAGUACAGGAAACGAUAGACAACGGUGACAUGGAACAUCUGGCGGUGAUAGUGCUGAAUGGCGAAGGUGACAAGCUGCUAGGGCGACAUUCGGAACAAGCGGAAAUCCAAGCCUUUCUAGACAACGUGCCUUCCUACAUGAACAAAAUCCGUCGCGUCCACGUUGCAGCCCGAGAGGGUAGCCUGCGUGAUCUCCAAUCGGCGCUGGAUCGCCGAAAGUUUGCCACGGCUAAGGAUUCCAUUUCACCCCACGGUGCAACGCCUCUGCAUGUGGCCACCAUCUUCGGGCAUUCAGGUAUCGUUCGGUACUUGGCGGGCCGUUUUCCAGAAACUACCAGUGCCACAGAUCAUAAUGGUCGCACCCCACUGCACUACGCCGCAACUUUGAAGGACAACGGACAUUUCUAUAAGCUCCUGGCCCAUCUGGGAGCGAACCCAAAGGCUGAGGAUAAUUCAAACCAUCCGGCCGAGUUCUAUCUGGAUCACGAGCAAACCAAGGAUCUGCUUUCUCAUCGUCAACUGCUGCAGGACUACGGAGCAGAGGAAGAUCUGGCUGACUCUAUGCUCAACGAUCAAGUGCCCGACGAUCAGCACAGUGCUCGUCGCGAGUUGGAUGACGUUGAUACGUUAACUACACUGGAGCGAUGUUUCAAAAUCAUCCACGAACCGGUUGAUGAACUGAUGAAAUCCGUUUCGCUUCCGGUGAAUAGUGUCCCCGGUAGUGCAUCGUCAUUGAGGAUUCUCAUCACCUCGUACUUGGCAAGAUUUAUGAAGCGAAGUGUAUUCGACAAAAUAAAGAAGCGCCAAACCAAACUGGAUCACAACCUGUUUGAUGUGAUUUGGCCCGCAAUGAAGAAGGCCACCAAGGAGAAGAAAAUCGACGAAGAUCUUAACGUUGGAAUCGUGAUCCCGGACUACGAUGUGUUUGUCGUCUUUCAAGAGUUCCUAGUACCGCUUAUCAAGGACAUGCAUUGCAUGGAACUGCAACAAGACUUCGUUCCGCAUCCCCAGAUGCAGUUCUUUCCACGAUACGUUGUUGAGGACACUGGCAAUCAGCACGGGGAAAGCAACGGAAACGUACUUCGUGAGAAUCCCAGUGAAGUGCACUUGAAUCUGGAUACUUCCGGAAAAUUUAUUACCGGAGUAGUUAUCGAGUGCACCCGAAAUCUAGACGAAUACGAUUUUCCGUUAAACCACAGCAUAGCUCAGCUGGAAAAAGUAGAGCGAAUACUUACGUCUAAGAUUCUUUCGAUGGCAUUUGCCAAAGCUAUCGAGGAUGAGGAGCUUGGAACUUACUACACAAUGAAUGAAAUCCUGGAGAAUCCCUCCGAAAUUCGAACUAUCCUCGCCUCUUCCGGGCUAUUGAUACCCAUGUUAGAUUACACGGACCCAUACCAAACGGCUGAAUCGACCGCUCUCAAUGGAAAAUAUUGGCCUUACGGUCGUGGAGUCUACGUAAACCAAAGGCAAGAUCUGGUAGCUUGGAUCAACGCCCAAGAACACUUACGAAUACUGUGCUGCACGAGCUCGAAGAAUCCAGCCGACAUUGGCAGUGCAUACUCCAAGAUAGGGCGUGCCAUGAAUUUCCUUGAAGGCAAGAUCCAGUUCAAGCACAGCUACUUCCUCGGUUAUCUCGUCUCCCGACCGUCUUUCCUUGGAACCGGUCUCAAAAUAACCCUAUUCCUUGAACUGCCUCAUCUGCGCAAAGAACGUGAAAACCUGCGGCAUCUGUGCGUAGUCCGAGGACUUCACUUACUCACCUCCGACGAAAACUCCACGGUCCGCAUGAGCAAUAUGCGCUCCCUUUCGCAAACCGAAUGGCAAAUCUUCCAGGACUAUACCGGUGCCAUUACGAACAUUGUCGCUCUGGAGAAGGAACUCUCGAUGUCCAACUCGUUGCACAUUGCGGCCACGCUGUUGAAGAUAUUUCGUAAGAAAAAGAAUAGUUUGGUGGAAGCGGCGCCAACUCACUAG